UGGCAGAGUGAGAGUGUGUGAGUUCAGACAAGAGCUUUUGUGUGUUGCAGAUCUUUCAAUGAGAGCUGAUGGUCUUUAACAGCGACAGGUUAUAUGUGUGUGUGUGUUUUAAUGAACAGGUCUGGGGUAAGACCAUGUGGACGGAUUUCUCUUUUUCUUCUGACGUGGGACAUCGUUCACACCCGCCGGCUUCUCUCUCUAUCUUUUUAGGAACCGACUGACAUAUUUUCACUAUUCCUAAUUUCAGCCUAGGUGGAUUUUAACUUUUAAAAAAAAAAAAAAACCUCAAUCACUCCUUUUCUUUCCCUAUACCUCUCUUAUUCCCUCUCUCCCUCCCUUUCCUGCCCUCUCCCCUCCUCUCUCUGUCUCUCUCUCCCUCUCUCUCUCUCUCCCUCUCUCUCUCUCUUAGUCUGUCUUGCUGUCGCUCUCUCUCUGUCUCCUGUGAUCGCGGCAGUGUGUUGAGAGAGGCGCUGCAUAGUGGAGCGCUCUCAGUGGGUGAACGGCUCGCUAGACGUGAUUAAAGUUUGCCGGCGUGUCGAGACCACCAGCUCCAGCGAGAAAAGUCCAACGGACGACGACGGCAAAAAAAUACAACAAGAAGAAAAUGGCUGGCCACGCAUUAAGGACAGUAGGAUGAGGAGCCUGGGAACUAUUCUGGAAGUGGCGUUCCUUCGUGAUUGUGCGUGUGUGGUGUGUAUGUGUGUGUGUGUGUGCAUACGAGCAUGUGUGUGCUUGUGAGUGUGUGUGUAUAUGUAUUAUCAGAGAGGCUGUUUUUUCGGCAAAGCGAGACCAAUCAUUUGACUUGAUUCGGUAGUUGAAAGCUGACUGCCGGAGAGAGACACAGAGAGCAAACCCCACCAUUAGGGGCCAAUAUAUUUCCAAAACAAUUUCGCCUAUUCAUGAUGUUACGCAAAUGUGGAGGCAGCAGCAAAUUACCGUAAUCAAUUGAAACGGGGAGCGUGCAUCUGUCCCUCUCUCUGAUUAUUUGGAGAUCAUCUAUCAGCUUGAUGUGUGUGUAACGAGGUGAGGGGGCCACUCCAUCGCCGUGGAGUUUUUUCGCUGAUAACUCCAUGAUCAUUGGCAAGUGAGUUCGGACAGCCGUAAGAGGGAACGCGUUGGGGGGGACGAAGCCAGUGUCCGCUGCAACAUUAGCUUGCUGACUUCAGUGGGGGCAACGUGCUGUUUUACCAAAAGGACAAAAACACGGACAUUACUGACACCAAAACAGGCAAUAUUCUCCAUUGUCUGCCUCCUUUUUUUUCCCUUCGCUCAAGCACCUGGGAGAAGUGGGGAAGAGAGGCGGAAAAGGGAGGGCGCUGGCAGAUAACAGAGCAUGGAAGUGAGGUACAACCAAGAGCCGGAGUCGGGGAUGAUGCUGAAGAACGGGCUGAAGGAAGGGAAGGAGAGCAAAGACUCACAGGGGAACAUCUCCAAGACCUUCAUGAAGGAACCCCCAGAGUCCUUCUCCCCCUCCAGUGCCUCCGACACCUGUGAGAAGAACCGCACAAGCACCGGGGAUCCCGACUACUGCAGGAGGAUACUAGUGCGAGAUGCCAAAGGCUCGAUCCGAGAGAUUAUUCUGCCAAAGGGUCUGGACCUGGACCGACCCAAACGCACCAGAACCUCCUUCACAGCCGAACAGCUGUACAGGCUGGAAAUGGAGUUCCAGCGGUGCCAGUACGUUGUGGGCAGAGAACGGACUGAGCUUGCACGACAGCUCGCCCUGUCCGAAACUCAGGUAAAGGUGUGGUUUCAGAACCGACGCACCAAGCAGAAGAAGGAUCAGGGCAAGGACACGGAGCUGCGGUCGGUGGUGUCGGAGACAGCCGCAACCUGCAGCGUGCUGCGCCUCCUGGAGCAGGGCCGGCUGCUGACCAACCCGGGUCUGCCCGGCCUGCUGACCCACUGCGGCUCGGCACUGCGUGGGCCCUCCAUGGGCCUGGGCAUUGGUGUCAGUGUCUCCACCAAUGGUGCCGGUGGGGGCAGCAGCGGGUCGAGCUCCAGCUCCGGGUCCAGCAGCGUGGGCAACACGGCCAGCGCCAGUCCUCCACUGCCGCCCGUCAGCAGCGCGGGGGGCAUUGUCACGGGGCUGCAGGGCUCUCCCCCUGGGGGCUCCCACCCACACCACCCCCCUCACCCCCACCCCGGGAUCUUUAGCUUCCCCAUGCCCUCCAUGCUGGGCACGGUGGCGGGCCGCAUCACCUCCAACCCCCUGGGCAUGGCGGGAUCGCUGGCUGGCAACCUACAGGAACUCUCAGCCCGCUACCUAAGCUCCUCUGCGUUCGAGCCCUACUCGCGGACCAACGGCAAAGAAGCCCUGGACAAAAAGGCUCUGGAAUGAUGCGGAAUUAUUCUCAAUGUUAUUGUAUUGUUUUUUUAUGAUUCGUUAUGGGCUGUUUCUCUUUGAUUUUUUUAUGUGAAGGGGAGGGUGUGUUUUUUUGUAUCUCUCUCUGUGGAUCCUGUUCCUCUGUCCUGUUUGUGCUGUGAUUGUCAUUCUUGUAAUCCUCUCUCUGCGCACAUACAAACAAUGCCCGUCUGACAGAUAAACACAGACACACAAACACACACACACACAAUUGAGCUACCAGCUCUUCUAAUUUGCUGUCAAUAGAAGAGGGUGGUUUUGCACUAAAAUCAGCUUAACCUCCUGAUGUCUAUGCUCUAACUCCGAUUCACGGACCCUGGCACAAAUCUGGCCCUGAGCUUGCGUGGUUUUGGCCCUGAUUUGGCCCGAUUCUGGUCCUGUUCUGGCCGUGAUUUGGCCCCGGUCCUGCCCGUUCUGCACCAGAUCAGGGCUAGAUCCAUUCCAAGGUAGACUGCUGUCUCAAUCUAUUUAGGGGGACAACAGACUUUUAGCCAUUCCAACAGUAAAUGUGUGGCCUCCAUGCCUUUCCCUCCUGAGGAAGGGAAGACCACUGUUGAUGAUGUUAAAAACACAAAGAGCAAAAGACCACUGUUGAUGAUGUUAAAAAAACAAAAGAGAGACAACAAAUUAAAAUAACCUCUGUGAACAUAAACGUGACUGAGGUUGACCGUAUCGGCAGUGUAGCAAUGGACGUUAUAUGACCAUUUGGUUUGGAAUAUCGUCACAAAAAAGAAAUGGUGUAUGCUACAGCUACACUGGGCUGUGUAGAAAGGCAAAGAAGAAACAAAUAUGAAAUGCGUUGACAAUUGUAAUACAUUGUCAGAAUAUAAAAUGGACAGUAAACUGUAUUUGGAUGUUGAAAAAUUUACUAAAUAGGCUGCAAUGUUACCAUGACCUAUGUUCAGUUUACUGUAAAAACAAGUGUUUUUUCCAAGUUUGUAGUAAUUUUUAUAUUUUGGACAAAAAUCAAACAAAAGCAAGUUCUUGUCACUCCACACAGUAGAUGAAAUGUUCUGUGUUUAUUGUGUUCUAAAUACUUUUCUCAUUUGGCACUGUCCACUCUCAGUCUCCAACGUGUGAACCUUUAUGUUGUUAAAUAUGCAGUACUCAUCCUCUCUAACCUGUGCCGGGUCUGAAAUUGUAGUUCUGGUUUCCAUGUGUAGCUGGGAUCUGGAGAUGAGGGCACGGGGGCCCAACGUCUCUUCAACACGGGGGAAGCAAAGGCAAAGGAAUCCGGGAGAGCUGGAGAGUUUGGAGAGGUUUUGGGGGACAGCACGCUGCUUACGGAAGCUGGACACAUCUUGUUUUUCCUGCUUGCCGUUAAAAUCCCACUGCUUCACUGGCACCCGUGUGGAAGGGUGUGAAACAUUUGUUUCCUUCUGGACAUCCCCGCCGUCACUUCAGACGUGUGACGCAGAGAGGGGAGUUGCCAAGCGACGCAGAGGAAGACAGACAGUGUGUUUCAGUUUGGUGAAAUUAUUGUAGUGUAAAAAAAGAAAGGAACAUGAUUAAUUGUUCGACUUUUAAGAAAUUGUUAUUUUAUUGUAAAUUAUUCUUGUCUGUAAUUAAUAGAUGAUUAGUAUAUUUGCAAAACGAUGAAAGACUGAAUGUAUAGGUGAGCGGGUGGGGGCGGGGAUGCCGUAGGGUUGGGGGGGGGGUUAUAAACCAAUCAAAUCUUUUUGGUGCUGUUGUCGUUGAAUAUCUUGACCAUUGUGACAUGUGCUGCGAGUGUGAAUAUAUAUUAUAUAUGACUUCAAACAAAAA